AUGAAACUUCUUUCUGCAACUCCUGGGAAAGUUGUUUGUGAAAUGAAAGUGGAAGAGGAGCACACGAACAGAGGCGGCACGUUACACGGAGGUCUGACAGCCACGCUCGUGGAUGUGGUGUCAACAGCAGCGUUGCUGUACACAGAAAGAGCGGUGCCAGGGGUCAGCGUGGACAUGAACAUCACAUACACUUCUGCUGCUAAGAUUGGAGAAGACGUACUGAUUACAGCUCAGAUUUUGAAGCAAGGAAGAAAUAUUGCAUUUGCCAGCGUGGAUUUAACAAAUAAGGCAACAGGAAAGUUAAUUGCACAAGGUAGACACACAAAGUAUCUAGGAAAUUAAUAUCAGAAAGUGAUUUAAAAGAGAAUAAUGUUGGGCUUAAUCCCACAUAGAAUGAUUUUUCUCACUUAUGCAAUAAUCUGCACAAAGUUGUGAUAGUCCAUGUGGAGUGAAUUUGUCUCACUCCCAUAAUAAACGAACAAAUUUCUUCAUUACCACCAGAAUUGCUACAAGCCU